UUCACAUCCACCGCCUCAACCACCGUGUAACAAUCAAUACGCGUUGACUUUCUCCAUAUUCGUAGUCCGCAAUGUCCAGAUGAGUAUCGUCCUGGUCCUCCGUCCGAGAUGGCUCCUGGGGCCGCGGCACGCGACUCGGUUUCCGCACUUCUGAAAAAGUGCCAAGAGGCCGCCAGGAACAAGAAGUACGAUGCGGCCCUCGACCUGGCCGGCACAGCCUUACAGACCUGUGAACGGGACCGAAGCGUGACUGCUCAGACUCGCGUGACUCUCCUUGAUCUGAGAACUGCUUUGCACAUCCGGCUGGGACACGAUGAACUGGCGUUGAAGGACGCGAAGGCCAUGAUUCGAAUUGACCGCACGGAUGGACGAGGCUACAUCAGAUGUGGACAGAUCGAGCGCCGCCUCGGAAACAGGUCCGCGGCACAGAAAUUCUACGAACAUGGGCUGAAGCAGGUAUCGGCAUUCCAUCAAUAUACACAGUUGAUCGCGAGAGAACUCGCCGCCGUGAAGGACGAACUGAGAACCAUGACCCUCCUCGCGAACGCAAAGGAUCCCAUGACGACUCUCCCGCUGGAGAUUGUCAACAUCAUCCUGGGGUAUUUACCGUACAGACAGCAUAUGCAAAUGUUGCGGGUGUGCAAAGCCUGGAACAGAAUGCUUCGAACAUUGCCUCCACUCACCGACACUCUUGCUUUUCCGGGCGCAGAGAGGGCGAUUACUCCGAAAAUGCUGCAUGCAGCUUUGAGACGCCUGAAGGAGCCUACGACUAUCUCCGCCUGCCACUUGACCGAGGCUUCCUCGCAGAUCCUCAGCAGAACGCUGCAAAGGUAUCAAAGCCUACCGAUGCUUCAGACCCUGGAGAUCCAAGAUAAGUGGAUCUCGGUCACGGGACUUCCUUUUUCCAAAUACGACUUGAAAAGCAUCAUCUUUGGCUCUUCCACGGCCGUGCCGUUCGACGUGAUACCCAAAAUCCUAAAAGACUGUCCCAACGUCGAGGUUGCGCAGUUCAGGAACGUUACUGGUUCUAAACCCGGAGAGAACUACCUCGAUCGCACAGGGCUCAAGCUAGAAUCCAACAUUCUACGUGUCCUACAACUCCAGCUCGUCGGCAUAGUGGUCGAGUUUGAUCAUGACAAACUCUUUUCAGGCCUGCCCGCACUGGAAUCCCUCUCUUUCACAGGCCUAUCCUGCUUCCAACUGCCUGUCCCAAGCAAGGUGAUUGAUCUACGACACAUGGAACGACUCGAAGUUCUAGAAGCAGAACGUGGCGCCCUGCCAUCUUUCGUUCUCCCCAAGAACAUCCGCAAGCUCCGAUUCACCUCGGUCAUGUUCCAGGAAGCCACACUCCGCGACCGCCGAUUCGAUCUUCAUCUCGCUCAGCAAUUGAAUUGGGAGCCCGGCCAUGGAUCCCUGCACAACCUCCAGAGCCUCACCGUCUACGACUGUCCGAUGUAUCCCAUUUUCUUGCAGGAGCAGGCUGCGGAAGUCGAGCCCGGAACACUGGAGGAAUGGAUUAUCAGCAUCAGUUGGGAGUCCGAGGCAGUCACUCGUUUUUCCUUCCUCUUGCGCACACCUUGGCUUAAGGGGCUCAAGCGCCUCCAUGUGAGAGGCGAACCUGUGUGGGAUAUCUAUCACAGGGAAUUUCUCGAGUACACUCCGGAUUUGGAGGAAUUGAGCCUCGACAGCGCCGAGAUCACCACCUUGUUCGUCGCGGACUUGAUCCGGGGAAACCCCCCAAAUCUGCGAAAGAUCGUCUUGAAAAACUGCCUGAGGGUUUCCAACGACGUCGUCCCCUGGGCCAAGGAACACGGGGUUGAGGUCGAAAUUGUUCGCAAUGCUCGCGACGACCGUGGUCGAAGAUUGCGCUACGGAGACUAGGUUGCGUACCCUUUGAAAGCACGAAAUUAGGGCUUGCUUGCAUCCAUACAAUAGACGAGGAUUCAAUGGCUCUCAAACGCUGUGCGCGACGCUGAGACAUGCUACUGAAUUUCACACGAGAGGCUCAGUCGGUCAAGGCCGUACGUCACUGCAGAUGAGAUUGGCUUGUUUUCGGUUCCAACCGGACGGAAGGAGUUGGUUUAGGGAAAUAAGAUGGUGCUCUGGUUUGCUCUGUGUCAUGAUUCUCAUUGUGGUAUCUUCUGCACAACAAACAGGAGCUGCAGAUUGAGCUAUCCAAAAUGCAAGUUACCGAAGACCCGGUCAAUAUCAGCUUUGUCGCUCGCGAAGUCCCGAAAACGUCGCCCAAGCCGGCAUGCCUCUCUCCCAUCUCGCUGGAUCAGAGCUCGUACGCAUGAUACACCGACGCUGGUGUUACAAAAUAAACAAACGAAAACGCUCAAAUCAACAAUUCUGGACGAGAGGUCGGCACAGUUUCUGAAAUACCGCGUCCCCACAACCUCUACACAGCCCAACGUUUUUGGCAAUGCCAAGGACUGAUAUCGAACGCUGAGGCACGUUAGUUGGCGUAUACUUCUGCCCCUCUCUUCCUUUAGAUUGAGUCAAUUCACUGGAAACAAUCAUAAAAUGUCCAGAUCUUCAAAUUCGGCGACCAAUGCAUCGACCUCUUCCCAGCUGUUGCUGGGCUCAAAAUUCAUCGGCCGACUCGCAUAGCAUCCCACCCAGACAUUCGCCUUGCCCUCCAUGCCGCCAAAGAACCCCAUGAUUUCGCGCAUUUUCUUCCAGCCCGACCCUACAUCUUCUGGGCUUCUUCGCCCAGGAUCGAAAGACGGCGGCUGACAAUCCGAGGGCUGGGGGCUGAGAUUAGGUAUCUGAUACCAGAUCCACAAAGAUUCUUCGACCCGUUCGAACUUGAUGCGCAGCGAUUGCGACGUCAGUGAAAAUGGGUCGAAUGUGGUUGAGGGUGAGGGCAUCCGUGCAGACGACGACCAGUCGGCACCGCAACUGGAGAUGGCCACCACAGACGCGGCAUGGAGUUCGCCUCCCGUAAACUCCAGGCCGGCCUUUGCCCACUUGCCCCGAGCAAGUGUUUCCAUCCUGGGUCUGUAGUAACGCGGACUCCUCCGGACAUUGGGGGAUCUUGAUGAAGGCGGGUCUCCCAGGGAGCCUGAGAAUAUGACCAGACCAGCUUGGUCAAACUCCAUGGCGAAAUCGGCAGAUACGGUGACUUCCGCAAGGAUGAAUGAUUGUUGCAAGCGCUUCAGCACCAUUGGGGCCGUGGUGUCAUCUAUAGCGGACGGCUUCCGCCAUAUAGUGGUAUUGGGUGGUGCUUGUAGAGUGAAGUAUUCGUGGAUAUCUUCUGGUUGUUCAAAAUCCGAGUCCACAUUGACAGCAGUAAAGCCGCUGCAGGCCAGGUCCAUUUUCUAUAAGUGACUCCGGACUGAAGUGUGAAGUGACCAGAGCGUAAGAAAUUUGGGAGUAGAUAGGCACAACCCGCAGAGGCGAAGACUGCUUCAAGGGAGAACCCCAGACAAUUGGGUAAAUGCCUGGUUAAUACGUGGAUCGGUGGAUGACCCAACCGGCCCACUGUGGCAGACCAAAAAAAGUGUUGGAAGCAGAAGAACAGCGACAGUCGGCCUUGUUCAGCGUGGAUGGUAUAUAUGUCAAACAGUCAAGGAGAAUUAUCAACGGCUGUCAAUCAGGUUGACCGGGAAGCGGAGUUCAGAUGAGACACGACAGUUACAAGGACAGGAGGAGUAUCUGCGGGCAAGGUUGAGGAGAGUUGACAUGUUUUAAGCAGAGGCGUGAGGUGCAAAAUGUGGUCAAGACGCAGCAGCAGCGUCCAAGCUCUUGGGUAGAAGUGCUACCAGCCAGGGCAUUUUGUGAAGGUGGUCACAGAGUCCCAGCGCCGGAUAGACGACGUGGUCAAAGUGCCAAUGAUGAAGAGGUCUCGGAUCCAUGAGGCUUGAUCCACGAGCAACGAUACUCAGGGGGACUAAAUGUAGCCAGCACGCGUGAAAAGAGGAGCUUACCGAAGGUGAGAUGGAUUAGUUUGUGCGCCGACGAGUUGCCACGGCCAGCGAAAUGGCCAGGGCUGGCCAAUGAGGCUCUUGAUCACACAUUGCAAUAUCAGCAGAACCGGGGCCUUGGUAGAGAACGGGCCUCCCCGGGCGGGCUGCAGAUUUUCGGUAGGACGCCGCUAGGAAGCGAAGGCGGCAAGGCGUGGGAGAAGACCCAGAAGACCCAGGAUCCGAUGCCAGUGCGUGUGCGGUGACCCCAUGACCUUGGAGCCGACUCUUUCGCUGGAGGGGAGCCGCCGUCUGCGAUGCCUCUCUUUUUCUUGGAUCCGUGCAGUGCCAGUGUGUGAUGAGACCGCUGGCUCGAGGGCACUUGAGUAACCAUGGACCGGCCGCAGACUCGCAGACCAGCAUGGCAAGCCGCACAGCACAGCCUGAGCACUGCAGUGAGCGUGCCGCACAGAGGAGGGUUCGCGUGCCGUUACACCGCCGACGGGGGACCCAGGAAAGGAGUUGACGGGGCAAGACGGCAACACACGGUCCAAGGAGAGAACAUUGCGCAGGACAAACUUCUGCUUGUGCUGUCACCGAUGGGUUCCUGCGAAGAGCCUGAGAAGAAAUGAAAAGGAUUGACGGAAGUCCGGGAAGCGAGGUCAAGUCAAGGGUGAAUCAGGUCAAACUCUGAAGUUCCAACUCGCAGUCAAGGACGUCGCUCCCGCUGCCAUUCAGUUGUCAGUUGUUUUUCGGGUUAUUUCUCGACGCACCUCAAACCCCCCCCCCCCCACUCUGGACUGGUGCUGGUGUUGGAGCUGUCACUACUGGCACUGCGGUGGCCUUUCGUAGUCCUUCUUCUACCAGCCCCAUCAUUACUACUACUACACUGCUACUACCGCCAGCAUCAUCACAACAUCCGUGGUUUUUCCCCCUGCUCUCUCCUCCACGCGAGUCCGUCCUACUUUAGCUGGUACAUCCGAAGAACGCUAAGUUUAACAGCUGCUCCUUUCACGACUCGGAGUCAGUGCUCGCCACGCACUGGUCGAUCCAGCGCCCUGAGUUGUUAUUUCUUCCACAUUGACGUGUCUCACAUUUCUCCUAUAGCAUGCGCCAGAACGGCUGCAAAGGACCGAGCCACCCGGAGGCAAGCGACGUGCAGUCCCGAACUACCUCAGAAAGACUGCAAUCCUACAUUAUGCGCUGGGAUACUUUGACAGGCUGUAAGAAGCCUUACAGCAGCUACCGUAGGAUACAAGUGGUCAUUCCAUCGUCGAUCCGCCGAGGUUCCAUGGUACAAGCAAGAGCUGGUGACUAGGUAUCUGCCCGAAGCUCGUUCAUGGGAAGACUCUACCCAAGAGGAUACCCGGCUGUAACACCGUAUGACCUUGAUUCAGGCAUGCUGUUCCUGGAUAGCUGCUCUAUCAUCAGGAACAUGUUGUGUGCUCUACAUUGACGGCGGCAUCCAAGAAUCUGCCUCUAUGGCCAUGCGUUGAGCUGGCUUUUCAUUUCAUUUCUUUCCUUUGCC